UCCUGCGCCUUUGAAUUUGACAGCAGUUGGUGCCUCCUGUUUAGCAAUAGCGAGCUCUAAGUUCUCUUGUGGGCACCGUUUAGGGUGCCCUACGACCAUUUUCAAUCACAUUACAUUGUUUUAUAAACACACACAGUACUUUUCUAUUAUCACUUCCUUAUAGUGUUUAGAUAUUUGUUUUUAAUUGAAAUUACGACAACCAUGGCAUCUGAUGAGUUGGCAUCUAAAUUGACACGGCGCCUGCACAUCGAGGAUGGCACCGAGGACGCAGUGGCCGUGGAUGAGUCCGACGAAAACGGAGACGAAGAGAAGUCGACCACUGCUAAUGCUGACUGUGAACUGGGUGCCAAACUCAUGCGCCGAGGGCAGCUGAACGAAGGUGUCGGAGAACAUCAGCAGAUGAGUGAGAAGGUGUACAAUCCGUACACCGAAUUUAAAGAAUUCUCCCGGAAGCAAAUCAAAGACAUGGAGAAAAUGUUCAAACAGUAUGACGCAGGCAAGGAUGGUUUCAUCGACCUCAUGGAGCUCAAGCUGAUGAUGGAGAAGCUGGAAGCUCCGCAGACUCACCUGGGCCUGAAGAACAUGAUCAAAGAGGUGGAUGAGGAUCUGGACAACAAGCUGUCCUUCAGAGAGUUCCUGCUGAUUUUCCGGAAGGCGGCAGCUGGUGAGCUGGUGGAGGGCAGUGGCCUGCAAGUCCUGGCGACCCUUUCCGAGGUCGACGUGUCUACUGAGGGUGUGAAGGGAGCCAAGUCCUUCUUUGAGGCAAAAGUAAAGGCCAUUAGCGACUGCAACCGCUUUGAGGCAGAAAUUCGUCAGGAGCAGGAGGAGAAGAAGAAAGAGCUGGAGCAGAAGAAGGAGCGAAAGGCGGCUUUUAAAGAGCUGGCGUCAGCCUUCAAAUAACAACCGCAUCCAGCCGUCUGUCAGAUGGUCUGUCAGUCCCAUCAGCCUUGAAAUAACCAUGCCCUGUAUGUCUUUAAGCUUUUAAAUAACCAUGUUGUCUGUCUCUCUGUACGUCUGUCCGCCAGAGUGAAAUAACUCCUCUGUGUGUCAGCUUUGUCGAGCCGUCUUCCUCUUCCAUUUUAAAGAAUGCCUAUUAUGUACGUGUCAAUAGGGCGCAGGUCUGCUAGUGCUUACAUCUGCAGGCAGCAUAGCUCCAGGAUACUCAACAGUGCUUUUGUUCAGUUGUUCAGUUCCACUGUGUGUGUGACAUCCUGCACUGGAAAUUCUGUUAUUACUCCUGUUAAAGAUGAUAGCAUUUCACUGUGGUGACUAAGGCAAGGAAACUCUGUGAAUCUCAGACCUUAUUUAAACACAGACUCUCCUUGGACAAGUGCAUGCUAUGUAUUUCCUGUGGACACAAAAAAGUGUUAUUUAAAAAAAAAGAUGGCUACUUUAGGCCUUGGCUGGUAUCUGCUGCUGUAACAGAAAAAGGAAAUGUACCUUCAUAGUGACCCAUCAGCCUCUAGGGCAUGGACUAGCCUUAAGGACACUUUGUCUUUGCAUUGGUGGUGGUGGGGAUUCUUUAUAUUUUUUUGCAUGAUCACAGUGAGGUACUGACAAUAUCCCCAUGGGUUUGGGUACCCCAAUACCUCUACUGCAAUUGCCUUAAUAUAACAACUGGUGUGUCCAUGCUCUUAUUUUACUUAGUGCCCUUUUCUACAUAUCUUGAGAAAUUAUAUAACCAAUGGUGUGUGUGUGUGUGUGUGUGUGUGUGUGUGUAUGUGUGUGUGUUGGGGGUGGGGGUGCAUCUGAACUAUUUUAUACUUACUGUUCUAUGUUAUGUGAUUGCACGACUGUGGGAUUGUGGGAUAAUUAGGAGACCUUGCUCAGUUAUGCUGCAUCAUCUGUGUGAGACUGUCCAGAGACCAUCAAAACUAAGUGUGCGAAAUUGUACUUUCCCAUCCCCUGGAUGGUUCACAUGUACCUUCAUGACAGCCUCUCUCCCAGCCAACUCAGGAAAUGCUGUACAUAAGGUCUAAGUUGCCUUGCCCUGUGUUGACCACAAGAGGGCGCCCUUUCUACUGCCAGGAUAGGUUGCUUUGUGACUUCAUUUUUUCAUAAGAAGAUGAAAAAAUAGAAUAUAUUAUUUUAUAUGAUGAAAAACAUUGCUCUUUGUUAAAUUAAUAGAAAUUGGUCCACAAACUGGUGCCUUGGCCAGUCCUACCAUUAUCAUUCUGUAAUUGUGUCUGCAUUUUGAGAGCAUUACAACAAUAUACACAUUUAACCGUGACCAUUAUGACUGAACAGUCUGUUUACGGGCAGUGGCACACUUUAAAUUCGGCCUCCUGUGUGAGCCGUCCUUGAAAAAGGCCUUUGUGUACGUUUGCUGGUCUUGAUAAAGGCAAUGGUAAAGACACCUCUGGUUGCUUGGGAACAGUGAUAUUGCUUCCACAUUCCACAAGAAGAGUGAAAACUGAGGGACCGUCGGGGAAAAGUGAUGUGCAGGAACCGGGGGAUCGGUAGAGUCAGGAAGAGAAGAAAGAGCUGGGUGUGAGGCUCAUCUAACGCUGUGACACAGUAAUGCAGGUCUGAUGCAGUGAUGCAGUAAUGCAGGUCUGAUGCAGUGAUGCAGUAAUGCAGGUCUGAUGCAGUGACACAGUACUGCAGGUCUGACACUAUGACACAGUACUGCAGGUCUGAUGCAGUGGAAGGGAAUCUCUCACGUGUCAUGAUUCUACUGGUGUUUUUUGUCUUCCUGUCUGUGUCAUUCCAUUGGAAUAUUUUUGCUAGGUUUUGUUGUUUUUCUUUGGAGAAAGUUACAUACACAUCCAUUUCCCUGGCUGUGUAAUGUGUAAUGUGUCUGUUAAAAAGGAAGACAAAUGUACUGAAACAAUGCAAUAUUUGCACUUAACAGUAUGACCUUUCUCAAAUGGCCAUAAUAACAAAUCUUAUAUUUCAUGACUUUUUAUCUUGGCAUCUAUAUGCAGAAAUGGAAAUUUCCCCAAAUCAGUUUUUCUGCCGUGCUGUUAACUGAUCAUUGUUUAUAUGUUUUCUCCCUACUCUGUUAAUGUUGAUUGAAUCUUACUGGCUGUGUCUAUUUUUAUAGUGGGAUAUCCUGUGACCAUUUUAAAUGAAUAAUAAAUUGCUACUGAAUACAA